AUGGCCAGGCCACAGAGGACUCCGGCACGCAGUCCCGACAGCAUCGUCGAGGUGAAGAGCAAAUUUGAUGCUGAGUUCCGACGCUUUGCUCUGCCUCGCGCUUCAGUGAGCGGCUUCCAGGAGUUUUCUCGGUUGCUGUGUGCAGUACACCAGAUCUCGGGCCUGGACGUGCUGCUUGGCUAUACUGAUGCUCACGGCGACCUACUACCCCUCACCAACGACGAUAGCCUGCACCGGGCCCUGUCCAGCGGGCCCCCACCACUGCGCCUGCUAGUGCAGAAGCGGGCAGAAGCUGAUUCCAGUGGCCUGGCCUUUGGCUCCAACUCUCUGCAACGGCGCAAGAAAGGGCUCCUACUUCGGCCAGUGGCACCUCUGCGCACCCGGCCACCGCUACUGAUCAGCCUGCCACAAGAUUUCCGCCAGGUUUCUUCAGUCAUAGAUGUGGACCUACUGCCUGAGACCCACCGACGGGUGCGGCUGCAUAAGCAUGGUUCUGACCGCCCCCUGGGUUUCUACAUCCGAGAUGGCAUGAGUGUGCGAGUAGCUCCCCAGGGCCUGGAACGGGUUCCAGGCAUCUUUAUCUCCCGCCUGGUACGAGGGGGCCUGGCUGAGAGUACAGGGCUGCUGGCAGUCAGUGAUGAGAUCCUCGAGGUCAAUGGCAUUGAGGUAGCUGGGAAGACCUUGGACCAAGUGACGGACAUGAUGGUCGCCAACAGCCACAACCUCAUUGUCACUGUCAAGCCAGCCAAUCAGCGCAAUAAUGUGGUGCGUGGGGCAUCUGGGCGUCUGGCAGGGCCUCCUUCUGCUGGGCCUGCUGAGCCUGACAGCGAUGAUGACAGCAACGAUCUAAUCAUUGAGAACCGCCAGCCUCCCUGUUCCAAUGGGCUGUCUCAAGGGCCUCCAUGCUGGGACCUGCACACAAGCCGCCUACUUCCUGCUGCCCGCAGCUCUCUGCCCUCCCUGGAUGAUCGGGAGCAGGCCAGCUCUGGUUGGGGGAGUAGCAUUCGAGGAGAUGGUAGUGGCUUCAGCCUCUGA